UUCAUCCUUGAAAACUACUGACAGCGUGCUUACCAUAUGUGAGGCGUCAUGUUUACGCAAUCGAUGCAAUAUGCCUCAGCUUUGUGUGCGCAGCAGUUUAUAUAUAUAUAUAUAUAUUUUUUUUUUUCAAACAGUUCGAAGAAACAGCAAAAUGCGUUGCAAAGGCUAAAACCGGAAGGUGAAACAUUUUAGAAGAAAAUCUUUUUUAACUUGGGAAAGCUGCUCAUUUCGAAAGAUGCAGAAAAGAUAACAUUUACGUCACAGCGGAUCUGACAUGAUUUCGCACAACACAGUUGCACGUUGUGAUGCAUAUGAUCAGCUGUGAACAUGGCUGUUCUGUGCGAUUGUGAAGUUUCUGCAUACAUUCAGUGAUUUAAUUUGCGUCACUGUAGGUCAUCUGAAGCAGCAUCACUGCGCCCAGCCAGCCGGAAGCAGGUUAGAUUGUUGUCAUAGCAAUAAGAGGGCUUGUCCUCGCUCGGGACGGCAGCCAAGAGACCACACCCUUCUUUUUUCACUGCCUCCACAGAUUUGAUGGUUUGUGCAGCAGAUUUCGUGAAAGUCAUAGACAUAAAAUAUUCAAUUCAAAGAAUUACACGGGUGAUAAAGCUUAACUUAAUCACUGCAGUGACUGCUAAAUUAUUCACUACUUUCAUUUAGUUUUAUUACAGUCAUAAAUUCGAGGUUUUCUAGUGGGAUUUUAAGUGAUAGAACAACAUAAAAUAGAGAAAUGAAUAUGAAUUCAAAGGAAAAUUAUACAUGGUUUUCAGUUUAACAAAAUAAAUAAAUCCAGUGCAAACAGUAGCAUUUAGAAUUAGAAAUACAUUUUCCUGUGAAAUCUUAUUUCAGUAUGAAUAUAGCUGUUCUGUUCUGUGGCGGGCUCAGAGGUUUCUGCACACCAUCCCCAUGAUGAAGCAUGGUGGGGGCAUCAUCAUGCUCUGGGUAAGCUUUUCUUCUUCAGCAUGGAAAGGGAGGCUGGAAGAUCAGGAAGAUAAGAAAACCUGUUGGAGGAUGCAAAAAAAGUGAGACUUGGUUCAGAGGUCCACCUUCUAGCAGGACAACCUGAAACAUGCAGCCACAGCUCCAAUAUAAUUGUAAUGGUCCAGUCAAAGUCCAGACAGUCUAGAAAUUCUCAACCAGCACUAUGUAAAAACUUUUGUCAACAAUCUUUAUGCAAUCUGAUGGACUUUGAGUUAUUUUUUUUCAAUUUUUCUUAAUUUUAGUCUCUUGAUUUGUAAAGCUAGUACAGACAAACCCACACAGCAAAAGAUAAGCAAAGUGGCAGCCAGAUUAAAAACACAAGGAUAUGCAUAAAAACAAGUGAUGAUGCUAAAGACAAACUAGGAAGUGCAGGUCAUACAAAAUGUACAUUUACAGCUGAAUAAAUGUACUGCAUAUUUCUAGAUUUUUAUUUGUAAGAAAUAUUAAAUAUUGCUCAUCACUUUCCUCCACUUCCUAUGCACUGCUUUCUGUUGGUUUUGUUCAUAAUAUCUCAGUAAUGUUUCUGUAAUAAGACAAAAUGGGAAAUAUUUUACAACGCAUUGUGUGUGAGAAAUAACACACAAUGCCUUGGAUACGUUUGUUUUUGUUUUUAUUCUCACUUAACUCAGUCUGUAACAUCUACUUCCUUCAGGACAGCUAGACGUCCACACAUUGUUCACUAUAGAUUCUAAGGAAGGCCUGCCAUGGCGAACCGCGGGCCCAGUUACGGACUGAGCCGGGAGGUGCAGGAGAAGAUCGAACAGAAGUACGAUCCUGACCUGGAGCAGCGCCUGGUGGACUGGAUAGUCGCACAGUGUGGAGGAAACCUGGAGAAACCGCAGCCGGGCAAGCAGAACUUCCAGACGUGGCUGAUGGACGGAACGAUUCUCUGUCGACUCAUAAACAGUCUUUAUCCGCGGGGCAAAGAACCCAUCAAAAAGAUUGCUGAGACUCAAAUGGCCUUCAAACAGAUGGAGAAGAUCUCCCAGUUUCUGCAAGCAGCAGAAGCUUAUGGAGUCACAACCACAGAUAUUUUUCAAACCGUGGACCUCUGGGAAGGAAAAGACCUGGCAGCAGUGCAAAGAACCCUGAUGGCUCUGGGGAGUUUGGCUGUCACAAAGGACGACGGCCAAUACAAAGGUGACCGUGACUGGUUCCACAGGAAAGCCCAGGGGUACAGACGAGAGUUUACUGAAGAGCAGCUGCGCCAAGGGCAGAGUUUGAUCGGCCUGCAGAUGGGCAGCAACCGCGGCGCUUCCCAGGCUGGCAUGACGGGCUAUGGUAUGCAUCGUCAGAUCAUGUAGACCCCCUCUCUAAUCCUUGAUCUCAGACUUUGUUUUUCUACUAAUCCCACAAAUGCUGUAGCCCUAAAAUAAAACUCUCCUAAGCUUUGCCACACCUGCCAUCUUAACCUCAACUUCCCUGUAAUUGCUGCUUUUGCCCAACACUGUUUUCCUUCACUUCUUAAUAAAAUGAUGUCAGCUACACUGCAGAUUUAUGUCUUCAUGCUUCUUCUCCUUUUUUGCCUUCUUACCUCUGUAUUAUACUAUUUGGUUACACAAUGUGUAUUUUGGUUUUAUUUAACUAAAUACAAUAAGAGCCAUCUGUACUGUACACUUGUUUACAGAGAUACUCAAAGUGACUGUUAAGGCAUGGCGUAUUGUUAUUUAUAUAUUUCCUAUAUUUUAGUGAUCAUAGAUUAUUUUGUUCCUGUGUGAUUCUUUAGCCUUAAUCCUAGCAAGGCUCAAUCAGUGACAAAGUCUCUGCAGUUUUGCCUGAAGACUUGUUGCUGUUUCUUCUGUAACCAAAUCAACCUCACGUUGUGCCUGGUUAUAGGACUUCAAAGGCUGGGUCCUUGAUCUGCUGGUAUUAAAUUAUAGAUGAGCGUCAUUUGUUCUGAGCCAUGCCCUCGUUUGUUAUCUGUUACAUAUUUGUUCAUGCUGGGUCUAAUAUGUGCACGGUGUAACAUGUGAAUGUGCAGUAGCCAACAGGUUUGACAAUAAAAGGUUCAUGGUGCCAGGUAAACAUGUUGCUUGAUUGUGCACUCUUUAUGUGUGUUCUGUUUGUAUUUUGGAAAUCUAUUUAUAUGUGGAUGUGUGUAAGAAGGAUUACUGGAAAAAUAAAGUAUGAAUACGCA